AUGCUUCCUGCUACCAGAACCGUCGCCAGAAGGGCUCUCCGCCCUCCAGCACCUCCCAGGCGCGUUCCCCAGCUCCACAUUACCAGACUUUACUCACAGUACAACUACCACCACCAGUACCAGGCCCCCAACCAGCCUCGCCACUCGUGGCUUCCUCGCAUCCUAGCGUCACUUGUGGUCCUCUCUGCCAUUGGCGGAUACUCGUUCUACAUGUUCUGGCCCCACCACACGUUCCCGUCGUCAGUAGCCAAGAUUUUACGUAAAGGUCUCUGGGCAGAAAGCGACAAGGGUGAAAACGACUAUCAACUAGCGCUCAAGCACUACUUGGAGGCAUUGGACGAGUGCAACAAUGUGGGCGUGGACAAGCUCUCGGAUGAGUACACGGGUAUCCAGUUGAAGGUUGGAGAGAUGUUCGAGCGCCUCAACAUGUUGCAAGACGCUGCGUUUGUCUACAACGAGAUUGGCACGUUGUACUUGACGGUGUUGACAGCGCCAGCAGACUCGCCCCAGCACAAGCGGAUCCGCGAUCGUGACCACCGGCGCCACUUGAUCCAGAAGGAUUUGCGGAUCGCCAUCAAAUUGGUGGAAUUGAACCGCAACGACCCUAACUUGUCCAAGGCUAUUUUGCUCACUCACCUCAUCAUCGCGCAGGAUGAGGUCAACAGGCAGCUCAAGGCCAAUGGCUCUCCAGCAGGCGCAACACCCCCAAACGACUACCGUGCCACCGUGGAGAACGACUCGAUCGUAUUGACAAACAACGGCGUCACCACCACCAUCAAGAAGACUCCUGAAGUGUGGGAACCGUUUGCAGACGAAUUUUUCAACGCCAUGGACUUGUUAGGAGCCAUCUGUAUCCAGAUCGGUGACUUGGCCAUGGCCUCCCGGGUCAAGAUCUCCAUGACAGAGGCAAUGUUGUUGGCAGACGCCGAGCCCCACAAGAUCUUGAUGUCCCAGUGCAAUUUGGGGUCGUUGCUCUAUCUUCAAGCUGACGAGUUUGAGGCUCAGGAGGUGGCUUUGAGACGCAAAUUCGCUGAAUCAGCCGGCCUCCAGUACGAGCAAGUCAAGACAGAGGACUUGUUGGGCCAGAACAAACAGGCCCAGGAAGUGUUGGAGCAGGGAGUGUCGGACGAGGAAAAAAUCCUCUAUGCCAACACGAUUUCUUCGAAGAACAAAUGUAUCCAGCUUGCCACAAAAUCGUUCGAGUCAGUGUUAGACUUCGCCAGGGGCUUGCCUGUGGACGUCGCCAACAGCAACGGUAACAUCAACCAAACUGUGGCCUUGGCCACCUACGGUCUUGGGGUGGUUCAUCUCCAUCUUGCGGAGUAUGAAAAAGCAGAACGAUUAUUGAGGGAGUCUAGAGUGAGGAGCAAGAGCUGCGGCUACGAUGAACUUAUUGGUGAGAUUGAAAGGGAACUCGGCAAGCUCUUCAAGGAGAAGAAGAACUUGAAGGAAGGCAAGGAAGGAAAGGACAAGGGCCCAAUUCAGAUGGAUAUCCACUUGAAGAAAUAG